AUGGAUUCUUCACUUCCAGAAGCAUGCAGAAGGGUUUUUGAUUUCAAUUUAAACAGUAUACAAGCCCCCAUAUGCCAAGAGGUAUUUCAGACGAACAAUUCUUUGGUUGUAUCUGCACCUACCGGCUCAGGAAAAACUGCAGUUUUUGAAUUAGCUAUUGUGAAGCAGUUGAAUGAUUAUGAAAAUUCUUUUCAAAAGGACCCUUUUCUUAUCAUUUAUAUUGCACCAAUGAAAGCAAUAUGUUCACAAGUUUCCAGGGAAUGGAAGAUAAAGUUUUCCAGUUUUCCACUGUGCUGCUUAACUCUGACCGGGGACUCUGAUGUUGAAGACAUCCAAAAUAUUGGUAAUGAAGUUUUGCUCGUAACAACACCGGAAAAGCUUAAUGCUACAAUAAAAUCUUUCAGAGAAGUCUCUGAGAUUUGGCAGAAGCUGAAACUGUGUUGUAUUGACGAAGUUCAUUUGUUAGGAGAGUCAGAAAGGGGAUCAGUGCUCGAGGUUCUUAUAACAAGAAUCAAAAUGUUAUCUCGUCCUCGAUUUGUUUGCGCUUCUGCUACACUAUCAAAUGUGCAAGAUAUUGCACAAUGGUUAACUGUUCCAGAAAGAACUGUUUCUUUCUUUUCAUUUGGGGAGGAAUUCAGAAUGUCACCAGUCAAGAAGAUGGUCAUUGGUUAUAUGCGCCAGAAUAAUCAAUCUUUAUUUCAGUUUGAAACAAGCUUAAGCUACAGGAUUCCUCAACUGAUAAAUAUGUACUCAGCCAACAGACCUGUUCUGGUUUUUUGUACAACUAGAAGUGGCACUGUUCGAACUGCGAACGACAUUUGA